AUGAGCAAAGUUUCGUUUCGUACGCGCCAAAUCGACUUCAACAGAUCACUACCAGUCGUUAGAUAUGACUCCGAACUGUUCUUUGAACUCGGUGAGGGAGCGUUUGUCAACCGCGGAGCUCCCACAGUUCCCAGUGGGAUGGAGCGUGAAGAAGAAAACGAACAUCACUUCAUCGAAGUGCUGCAGGCAUUACAGAUGCAGAAGAAUGCUGAUGUCAGCAUUCCUGUUCCUGAGAUCAUCGAUAAAUCUGAAGAAUAUGAAAAAAUCUACUCAGCUACCUUCUCUCUUCCUAGAAAUUUAAUUCACAUACGCACAAUAGCUUUGGAGGAUGAAGAGUCCGUCGAGUAUGAUAUGGACUCCGAUGACGAGGAGUGGCUUCGUAGGAGUGGUCUAAAUUUAUCACCCGAAGGUUUUGAAUGCAUGAUUGACCGACUGGAACGGGGCUGCGGCCACGAUGUCAUGAAUCUCGAGGAAGCACAAUUGUUACUUAGUGGUGAUCAGACUACUAUAAUCGCAGUUUACGACUAUUGGAUAAACAAGCGAGUGCAGUGUAGACAGCCACUAAUUCUCUCCGUUCGCCAGGAGAAACGAGAUGGCGGAAGUAACAAUGAUCCCUAUGUCGCAUUUCGGCGUCGAACCGAACGGAUGCAAACACGCAAAAAUCGGAAAAAUGAUGAGUACUCAUACGAAAAAAUGCUUUUGCUUAGAGAACAGAUGGUGUCUCUGGGUGAAGUAGUAUCGCGUCUGGUAAAGAGAGAGAUAAGUAAAGAAGCUGCUAUCGAUGUAGACCGUCGGGUUUUUCAGUUGCGCUACAAGAUCGGGGACUGGGAGGCCGCCCAGCUGUCAGAAGCGGACGCUGUCGCUCAAAAAACGCCCAGAUCUUUCGAACGUCUAUUUGCUCUUAGUACCCGAAAGCAACUUGCUCCGCGAAAGCGAAAUAUUCAAGGGCGGUCGUCGGAAAAUGCUCUGGUUGACUCAUCGGAUACAUCUGACGCAGAAAGUGGCCAAGCUCGAAACGAUCCCUUUUCAUUCAUUCGGUUGUCCGGUUGUAAAUAUCAGAAGCCGUCAGACUGCCGACAUGCUCGCACAGCUAUCCCUGAAGAGACGUUUUGCCUCUCUCGCAUCGAUCAUUUAUGCCACAACUUCCGACGUACUCAGACAGGCUAUCUGCGUCGCCGGUUUGGUAGAGGGGGCCGAACUCACUUUGAUCGCGUGCAUCCACCGGAAGGCGUCGAUAGCUACCUCCAGCGCCUUGAUUCUUUACCCUCACCUCCAGAGAUUCAAACCCUCCAACUUCAGCGUUUUGCUCGUCCUGGCGGUUCCGUUCGUUACAACGGUUCCACUGCUGGUUUCUUGUCGGACGAAUCGUCUGGCACUCCAAAUCACCCAAGUCUUUCUCCCACAAAUGAAGACGUCCUUUUUAAACGUUUUCAAUUUUACCUGCGAAGUCUCCCCAAGCAUCGCUUAGCCCUCAGCCUUUCUAGACUAACGGGUGGUCGCUGCAUCAACAGUGGCUGGUUCGGUAGCUCAGGAAACAGCAUUUACUCACGCUCAACCCCCGAUAGUGUAUAUAAGAUCCCGGUUAGUCCUUCUUCGAAUUCCCUUCCUUCGCCAAACACCGGAUUCUCACUAGUUGGGAAGUCUGCCUCCACCACUGUCGCAGUGAAAACGAUGCUGGCGACGAAGAGCAAAAGCUACUAUCAAUGUCGCCGAGGCGUAGAUACAACACUCACACACUCUCUGUGUCCUGUCGCGACGUCUCCGAGCGAUGGUGUCGCCGUUCUUGGCAAGGGUCGCAUAGUGCCAGUCGGCAGCUCCGCCACGAAUGGCAAGGCGUUGGUGCUGAUGACCAAUGCAUCCGCUACUCCGCUGGCAAAAAAGGCCCAACUUCUCAAUGGCGGGGGAACACUCCAUAUAACAUCGAGAAAGGACAGUGUUUUCCCACUCUUACCGCACCAAGUAACCCCGGUUCGAAAAAACCCUGUGACCGUAAAAAACUCAAAUCCUCAAGAGGAUGAAACCGCUCCGACGGACGAAAAGCCCAGCAUAAUUCACCCAGUUGUAUACAAUGUCUGA